AUGGCGAUGGAUAUGCGGCUCCCGUCGGCUCGGAAGCCCGUAAGUGAGACCCUGGGCCGGGAAAGCAAGAAGCACCUGGUGGUACCGGGGGACACGAUCACCACGGACACUGGGUUCAUGCGCGGCCAUGGCACCUACAUGGGAGAGGAGAAGCUCAUUGCAUCCGUGGCUGGCUCCGUGGAGCGUGUGAACAAGUUGAUCUGUGUGAAGGCUCUGAAAACCAGAUACAACGGAGAAGUGGGAGAUAUUGUCGUGGGACGCAUCACUGAGGUCCAGCAGAAGAGGUGGAAGGUGGAAACCAACUCGAGACUGGACUCGGUCCUGCUCCUUUCGUCCAUGAACCUGCCAGGCGGCGAGCUGAGGCGAAGGUCUGCGGAAGAUGAGCUCGCCAUGAGAGGUUUCCUGCAGGAAGGGGAACCUCAUUCAGCUGAGGUCCAGGCCGUGUUCUCCGAUGGCGCUGUCUCUCUCCACACUCGGAGUCUCAAGUACGGAAAGCUGGGCCAGGGGGUCCUGGUGCAGGUGCCCCCAUCCCUGGUGAAGAGGCAGAAGACGCAUUUCCAUGACCUGCCCUGUGGGGCGUCCAUCAUCCUGGGCAACAACGGUUUCAUUUGGGUCUACCCGACCCCCGAGCACAAAGAAGAGGAUGCAGGAGGCUUCGUGGCAAACCUGGAGGUGAGGACGCACUCCCGUGUCCUGGCUGAUCGGGAGGUGAUCUCGAGGCCGAACUGCGUUGUGGCACUGGUUACACAGAGAAUGAUGCUAUAUGACACCAGCAUCCUGUACUGCUUCGAGGCCUCUCUGCCCCAUCAGAUCAAAGACCUCUUAAAGCCAGAAGUAAUGGAGGAGAUUGUGAUGGAGACACGCCAACGGCUUAUGGAGCAGGAGGGUUAGGGACACGCUGUGGACACACGCCGGGGCCAGUGCUGGAGCAGCUUGGAGGAGAUCUCUGGGUGAGCCCUGUGUGAACCCAGUGGAGAUGGUACCCACAGACUGCUUCCUCCUGCUCGGAGGCGAGGCCAGGGCCCCGGGCACCUCCUUGGGACUCUCAUUACCUGGAGCCCCUGCCUGAGGGAUGGUUUCUGGCAUUGAACACUCUGACUGGCAGCUUUCGUUUUUGGAUCCCUGUUCUGGGAGCCUUGUCUUCCGUUCUGCCUUGGUAACAAUUCA